AUGGGCAACGGAGACGCGGAUGCGGACGAGCCUGAGAAAAAGAAACGUCUCCUUACCGCCGUCUCGUCCUCUCCCAUGGCGAGGAGCACCAAUGGUCCUCUUUCUCCAGAUGACAAGGCCGUAAGUUCUGAAACCUUCUCCCUACCCGGAGGCGGUGCUUUUUCUCGCGCGUGGUCUCUCGUCCCGCUUGAUUGCCUGUACGACAUCUAUCUGCCAUUUCUGUUGGGAUAAAGGCCAUUUCUGUUUGUUUGAGUUGAUCUGAGAGGUCAGCGAUUGAAAUGCAGGGAAAUUGGUUUUGAACGAUUAGUAGGGCGGAAUUCUAGAAAAAUACGCGUGUAAUACCAAUUAACCAUGCGGUUUAUGUUGUUUUAGGCAAUCGACUCUCUAUCAAAACGUGAAUGUUUUGUUCUGCUCUGGCUUAUAUAAUGACUUUGCUUUAAAACAAAUGAUUAUUUGGAGAAAAUUUGCACAAGUUCUGAUUCAGAACUGGUCGAUUUCAGAAACCAUACUAUAGUUUAUUUUUAUUCACUUUCCUUCUUUGUCCAUGUCUUGGUGUUAUUAUUAUUAGUCCUUCGGUUAUUGUUAUUAUUUUUCUAUGCGCAGUGGGGUAUUCUGUGUUGUUUGUCGAAGGUGAACCAUUGGGAUGGGAUCUAGGGACAUUUUCUUGUGUGUGGUGGCACAUGGGAAAAAGGUAGUUGAGCGUGCUCAUCAAAACAGUUCAAGCUGAUAAGACGGGGCUCAGAAGUACCCAGGAAUCUUCUGGUCCUAGUUCUGGUGGCUUUAGAAGUUGAGGAUCGAUGCCCCGUGAAGAUCUUAAGCCUAUAUUUUUUCGUGAUUGAAGUGCUUCCGAUGCAGAGAAAGUGAUCGAUCACAUGGUCAAUCCUAUUCGAAUUCCAUUAACCGGCUCUAGGCAAUAAUGGACCAGGUCCUAACAAGUCAGUACUACUAGGUUGGAUCCUAGAUAACGAAUGUGUAUCGUUCAACUAGAUCAAAUGUGAUUCUCACGUUAUGUUUCUCAAGUUUAACUGCUCAAACAAACAAAGUCUGCUGAAUGUUUUCCCCCAAUGUAUGUAGUUCAUGGUUACACAGCACGUAUGUAUCUGCCCGAACAGAACUUCUGGUGUCAGUCUUGUUAAAACUCCAUGGCUUAAAGUUGCUAAACCCAUUUGUAAUCCAUAGUAAUGAAAUUAGGUUGAAAUGGUGUCACUUUGUCCUGCUGAUAUAUUUUCAUUAAUAAUUUUUGAAAUAUGUAACAAAGCAUCAAAUCAAUUGUGUUGAUAUGUGUUUGGUUUGUUGAAUUGAUUAGCAUUUUUUAAGGUUUUUAGUGGAAGAUGCUUGUUACUAUGAUUCGAACUUCAGUAAACUUUGAAGAUACAUCCACGACGUUGAAAAGUAAGCACUGAGGUUUUCAUAGAAUAACAGCCAAAUUAUAACUUUUAUAUAAAAAUUACAUUUAUAUCCAUACAGAUACUUGUUUAUAUUCUAUUUUUAUCUUUUUUAAUUAUAUAUGGCGACAAACAUUGGUGUUCAUGUCAACACAUGACAGCCGUUUUUUUCUUAGGCUGUGAGUGUUUUAGGUUUUCAUAUUCUAUUUAUAUGAUUCUGAUUUUAAUUUAAAUGCGACAUUCCCUGCUAGAACUGUCGCGUUAGUCAUAUUUUGUUGCUGGUUGACAGAAAGAAAAGAGUUAUUGCAUCCUGUAGUACUUAAGUUACUCUUGUACUUUCUCACAUUUUUUUCACUGUUUUUCAUCUGCAAAUGGUCUUGCCGUUCUCGAUUUUUGCAUUACGAUUCUAGUGGUUCUUGUUCUGCGCUUUUCUUGUUCACAAAAACUCUUGCUUCCUUUCAAAGCCUGCAGCUACAUACGUGCCUUUCCCCUCCUAUCUCUUUUUUGAAAAUAAUGGAAUGCUCCUGUAACCAUAUUUUCUGUAAAAAAACCCCUUUAUUUUGCUGCUGGCUACUGUCAGGCAUAGUGUAAGUUGCUCAUCUUUUUUCCAAAUCCAAGGUACCCCUUUUUUUUUGAAUGAUUAUUUUUGGAAUUACCAUGAGACAAAAUCAUGCUAUCCGCUUCUACGGUUCCUCAACACUCUCCCUUGACAGGUGCUAUCCGCAUAUGAAUCCCUCUUUCCCCUCUUUGAGUGGUUCAAGUUAUUUUGAUAACUCGCAUAAGAAAUUGUCAACUUUGAGCAUUUAGAUGCAUUGGACUAACUCCCCCAUUUAGUUGUAAUUAAGCCACUCUCCUAGCGUCUUUGUUUCAUCACACGGUUGUCUGGAAUCCAAACAUGCCUCCUCCCCCUGGAAUAUUUGACUUGGCAGGCUUCUACUUCCUCUUUGUAUGCAUUAUCAGUUUUUAUUUCGUCGAGAAAUCAGAUGGGGAAGUCCUUUCAAGGCAUUUAAAUAUUUAGAUAUUCCUCACUGACGAAGAAGGACCACUUUUGCAGGUGCCUGAACAUUGGAACGAACUGUCCUCCCUUUAGUCGCCUACAGCUCUAGAUGCGUGGUUCUUUUGUUUAAUUUUUUAUGAGCUUUCAAGAGCAAGUACUGGGUUCCUUCGUGGUUUCCAUGCAUCCUCUUCUCGGACUUGCGAGUAUUUCACAUUCUAGAAGGCAAACAUCAUCACCAUCCACCUGCUGAAUCAAAGAUAUCUUGGACUAUCAUAAUACUCUACCACCUUAAUACCAUUUUUUCUGUCUUAUCUUUGCAAGCCUUCUCUCUUUUACUUGGUUUCGUGAUCGCCUUUUGCUUAAAAGGUCAAGUGCUUUAUUCUCCAAUCCUCUUCUUUCUACCUCUAGUUAUCUCUAAGAACUCUUAAAUUACAGGAAAUGUGGCCUGCUUUCAGUUCCUUUUAUUCUAUAAUACAAAUUUCUUUUCCAAUGAAUUUCCAAUGAUAGCAAGGCAAAAUUUAAAGCAUUCAUUAGUGUCUUCAGGUUGAUGCAGCAGCACUCCAGUACCAGAAUCAAAUACUUGUUCAGCUUUUAGAGGCCCAAAAAAGCGAAACGCAUGCGCUUGAAAAGAAGUUCAAGGAAUUAGAGGAGAAGCAGGAUGUUUAUGAUGAAACAUUGAUUGCUGUGAAUAAGCUUUGGAAUCAGGUCUUUCUGAAGUUACUUUUUUUUUCUCUUACAUCUCUUGUUUACACUGUGAUUUAUAUUUUACUUUCCUCCAUAAAUGCAGUUGGUCGAUGAUUUGAUUUUGCUCAAGACACUAGCUGGAGGAGACCCCAGUGGGCUACAGGCUUUGGACGAAGCAGAUAUCUCUAGAGGUUUUGAUCAGUAGUUUCCUCACUUAUUAGAUAUAUAUACAGGCUUUGUCUUUCAUUAAUUCAUCCCCUGAUCUAUGAAUGUAAUUUAUUUUAUUGUCAAAAUUUCUAGGAGUCACUCCAUCGUGUCCUCCAGAGGAGACAUUUCUUUGUCGACUUCUACAGGCAGAAAAUAUUGAAAAAAGUAAACAGAGUGAAAUCAUCAAAUAUAUUCAGGAAGCCCUUGCAGUGCGCCAUUCGUCCACAAUGGUUUUGAUGAGGGGCCUUCAGGAGGCCAUUGAUGCUCAGCAAACUAAACUGGAUGGCUUAGAAUUAGCUGCACAUGGAAAUUUGUCUUCAGAAGGUCAGGAGAUUAUCAGAUAAGAUUGUUCUUUCUUCCAGGGUGAUGCAAGUGUGCAAAUGUAACAAACAAAUAUACCCAUCUCAUACCUCAUAUUUUAAUAUUUAAUUCUGGCAGAUGCCUUAAUUCAACUCCAGAAGCUCGACUCUCUGUUAAAAGAGGAGGCCAAAAAUCUGCUCACAGUCAUCAAUUUUCUUCACAAGAAGCAUAAAGAGUAUGCGCAGGAGGUACAGGCUUACGUUGAUAAUCAUGCAAGAGAUCAGUCUGAGAUAAAGCGUCUUUCAGGUUCCAAAGACAUGCUAUUUUGUUAUUCUCAUAUUUAGAGUGUGAACCUGUUAUGCAGAGUUAACUUUGUUGAGCAAAUGUGCUCUUGGUAUUUCUUUGAUAAUCCAGAUUUUUUAAAAAUAAAAGGUAAAUUGAUCUGAAUAAAACAAUUACAUACGAUGAGUAGAGAAGAGAGGGAACGAUCAUAAGGAAAGACAGUUCCUUUCCUCCUGCAAGAUUCAAUUUUUGAAUUCCAUUGAAGAAACUUCGGAUGAUGAGAAGGAGCAAAAAAUUACGCAAAGGAGGCAAAUUAUCUCGGUGUAACCCAUAUUUUCGUAAGAGAGUAUUUCGGCUGCCACGGUUUUUGCUUAGGAAAGUCAUAAUAUAUUUUCGUAGUAGUGCAUAUUCUUUUUCGUGCUUUCUCAUGGCUGGCAUUCAAUCAGACCGGGUUGUAUUUGUCAUGCAGAACAGUUUUGCUCGCAAUGUGGCAAUUUUGUGCCAACCUAAUGCCCUCGAAAUUUUUAUCUGGUACAAUUUAGAACAGCUUUGUGUAGUUUCUUUUUGCUUUCCCUCUUAAUCUGGGUAAGGAUAGGUUCACAAUAGUGAACAUGAUAUCAGUAUGAGACCUCUGUUAAUUAAUGACCGUCUCUCUUGGCAGUAUUGCAAAAGGUUACUAAUGAUUUAGUUUAUUUCAGCUCGCUUGUUUGUUGGCAGAGUUUAUGUCGACCUGUAUCUUCAUUUUAUCUUUCUCGUUGUCUUCUUAAAGUAAUGAAGACCUGAGAACAUUUUUUCCUCUCAGUGCUUCUUUGUUUUUGUCACAUCUGCAUACAUCAAGGAGUCACUAUGGUUCGUUACUUUUUAAACUUUUUUCUCUCUCACUGGUUCCAAUUUUUGAUUUAAAAGGUGAGCUGGAAGAAGCUAUGGCAGAACUCGAGGAAACCCGACGCAAGGUGGUUAGUUUAAAAAUGCAGAAGGAUGGAAUGUGUAGAAUAAGCUCUCCAACAUUUAUUGCCGUAAAUGGUAAUAGCUCACCAGAAAAGCAAAAUAUUAGCUUAAGGGAGUUAAAAAACUCUGUUGAGGAAGCUAAGGUAUAUCCUGUUACCAGACUUUUUCAUGUAAAUUUUUUUCUACUGAUUUCCGCAUGACAUGUUACCUGACUGUGAGGAAUUAAUUUUUUAUUCCGUACUACUCUUCCCUGGGAGUAAAUUGCACAGAUACUAGCAGCUGCUCGCCUUUCAGAACUUCAGGAGGCCCAAGAAAAUAAUUCAAGUAUGUCAAAACAACUUGAAGCUCUCAAGGUCUGUUUUUCUCCCUAGAUUGCUUGGUUUCUCCACUUCAUUAUAAAUUCCAUUUUCUGAGGUCUCCAUUGUAAUUUUUUUCAAUCUGGUUACUUCAUGCGCGUACAGGACCAGUUGAGAGAUGACAGACAUGUUAGUGUAUCUAGACCCUACUUAGCCAUGAAUGAAAAAUUGCAGCACCUAAAUACAGAAAUCGAACGGUGCAGAGGAUUGGCGGAUACGUUACAGGUAACUGCUUAUCUGCUAGAAUUUGUUCUUAUUGCUCUUCGUCAUGUUCUUCUGAAGGCUUAUUGUCACACUUAUGUUCAGGCUGACCGGAAUCAUAUGAUAAGGAGAGAGAAGGAACUCGGUGCAAAAGCAGAUUCGGCUGAUGCUGCUAGGAAUGCUAUUAUCAUUUCUAAUGCAAAGAUUGAAGAGCUGGAGCUUCAACUUCAUAAGUGUAUUCUGGAAAGAAAUGAAAUUGAGAUCAAACUCGAAGAAGCUGUACAGGAUUCAGGUAAAUUCAGAAGAUUCGUACACUGCUAUCAAACUCGAAGAAGCUGUACAGGAUUCAUGGGUUGUCAGCUUCAUGGGUCAGAUCAGACUGGCUAGAUCAAGUGAUCAAUCCAUUUAAAAACUGUUAACAAUCUGGCCAAAUUUGAUCCAAUCUGACCAAAUUGGGAUUGGCUGACUCUAUGUGGUUGAUCUUCCUUUAAGGAUAUUGUGCACUCUUCUUAUGACGCGGUUUUAAAAUCCAUUGGGACUUUUCAGGGAGGAAAGAUUUUAAAGAUGAGAUCCAUGUCAUGGCUUCCGCAUUGUCCCGGGAAAUGGAAUUAAUGGAGAUGCAGUUGAAUCGAUGCAUGGAGGCAGCUCGUGAAGCUGUUUCACUUCGUGAGGAAGCUUCUUCUCUGGAAGCUCUACUGAAGACAAAGGUUUGUGACCAUCAUCCUUGCCGUUUUCAGGGUAGAUCUUAUUUAUCAUGUUUUGAUGAAAGUUAUUAGGGAUGGAAAGAGCUGCAUUUUAAAUUUCCCAUAAAAUCUCAUUUUACGAGCAGGAAAGGUAGAGUGGUAACUCAGGGAGAGAUAAAGGAAGCUACUUGGUGAGGCGCGGAGGGAGAAAGAAUGGGGGGUGUGCCUUCCAAAAUGUACAGAGAGGGAGGCAUGGAGGAGAGGGAUGUCAUGGGGAAGCAAAAGAUAGGGGAGGGGUACUUCAGAGGCAGGUUACUAUAAUAGCAAGGUGGGUCAUAUUUGGAAAUGUUUAGCAAUCCCCUGAACGCAUAAAGAAUUUAUAUUUCUAGAGGAGGGAAAUAUUCAGGCUUCUCCCAUUCAAGGGUGAAGUGAGAGGGGAGAGGAACAUGGGAAUCCCUUGUUAGACUGCUGGGGUGAACCUGAACAUUGAAUAACAUAUUCACGAGUGAAGGCAUACUGUUAGUUAUGACAUGAUUUCCCCGUGGCAAACUAGUUGGGGAGUACUCUCUUACACCGAGUGAUGUACAUUAGCUUCGGGUUGGUGCAGGUGAGGGGUAACUGUAGGCCUGAACAGUUCGUAGGAAGGUUCUCGGAAAUGUUGGUAGGUUUGCUGUGAUUGCAGCGUGAUGACAUUUGGAGUGAGGGUUUGACGAACUGUGUGAAUGAGGAUAAGACAAACAGCAAGAGAAGGUGGUGACGUGUGGUUUCCAUAAUGAGUUCUAGUGCCCUAGGAAUGUGUGGGGAGUGAAAGCAAUUCAAGAAGACAUGGUGAAAUGGUUUCCUUUUCAGUUAGGGGUUGAUGUCCACACGCGAUUCUUUCAUCAGUAGAAAAGAGGAACGCUCCAUGGUGUUGUGGGAAAUGUGGAGGUAACUGUGAUGUCAGAUAUAAUAAUAAUCCCGUUUUUUGGUUAAAAUAUGCAUUUAAGUGUUCUUUGAAUUGAGUUUUUCCCCUUCUUUUCUUUGCCGAAUGUGGCUUUGCAUUUGUACUCUUGGUGAUAUUUCAUAGGAUGUCGAACAAAUUUUCGUUUCUAGGACAGACAGUUGUCCCCCCGUUAGUUAUUCUUUAAGGCAUAUAUAAUUUUAGAUAUUGGGUGCCGACCAUUGCCUUUUCAUUUUAUGAUAUCUUUUGCUUGGUGAUUGUUGUACGAUGCAGUUGCCCAUCUUAAUCAUAUCAUUAUUUGCGCGUUUUUGUAGCACAAAGUUCUGUGACCUGAGGUUCUCAUACGGGUAUACUUCUGGGAAACAGGAUUUAGAAUCCAUUGGCGAACAUAGUUGACAUCUAGGAAGCAAAUCUGUUUGCCCUUUUGAAGGCUUUUCUUUGCCUUGAAAUUUGUACUAUCCUGUAAUUAUGUGGACACAUGUUCUGUCAUUGAUUUCAGUCGACAAGUUGAUAUGGGUCCUACUUAUUUGUGAUAUUAUGUUUAUUAGACCGGUGAACACAAGGCCCUAUCAGAUAAAUGUGCUGAACAAAUGGUGGAGAUAAAAUCUCUCAAAGCGCUGGUAUGUUUUUUAUUGACCGUCUGAUGUUUUCUUUUCUCUCUCAUCUGUAUCACUGGAAACUGUGGUAGUUUUAACCUUUUAGUAAUUUAUUACAUAUUCUUAAUAAAGUAAUAUUUGUAGAUUGAUAAGCUUGAAAAGGAAAAGGAGGAGCUUCAGAACAUCCUUGAUAUGUAUGGACAAGAGUGCUUUGACAAUCGGUAUGUCUUCAGGUUUACAUUUCUCUUUUAUUUUCUAGAGAGGGAUCAGCCAGGGCAUCAGACUCUUCUUUUCUCGAAAGUACUUGGAUACCAGAUAAUUUUUUAACCGUCUCACAGUUUCAUUUUUUAAUUAUUUGACAUUUUUUUGAUAAAAAAACUCCAGUUACGAAAUGGAUUCGCUGAGAUUUGCCCCUUAUUUUAUGCUCAUACUGAUUUAAAACGCCAAAUAUCAUGGCUACUUUAAGUGAAUGCGCUCAGUAUUUAAUCAAAUUUCACUAUUUGACUAAGCUGCUGUAAUAAGCACGAAAUCCUUCAAGUUUGUGUUCAGCAUGACAAAAGUAUGACUUAAUCCUCAAUUUUCGUACUCAUAAUUUGUCUUAUUUUGUAGAACAAUCGUGGAAAUCAAAGAGUCAGAGCACAGAGCUCAUAUGCAAGCUGAAAUGUUGAGAAGUGCUCUGGAUGAACAUAAUCUUGAAUUGCGGGUCAAAGCUGCAAAUGAGGCUGAGUUGGCUUGCCAGAAAAGACUCAGUGCUGCUGAAGCUGAAAUAGCUGACUUAAAAGAAAAAUUGGACUCCUCUGAGAGGUUGUUGACUAGCUUCACGCACUUGAAGUUUUUAGCUUUGUAUCAGAUAAAGUGUUCGCGGUUAAAAUUAUGCCUAUUGGCUAGUCAUUCACUUCCCUUAUAUUUGAUCUUUGCAUCUCUAUAUUGUUGUACAAAAAAUAUUCUUGGAAGUUGUCUAGUGAUUGUAAAAUUUUGCAUUGAGCUGCCUCCAUAGAUAUGUAGAUACUUACGUAUACACUGAUGUGUUAGUGGGCUGACUGUUGUUUUAUUACAUGUAAAUAUACAUAUGUAAUGAAGUAUGUUAGCAUUCUACUGCAAUCUAAUUCAUUGUCGUCUAUAUGAAUUUCUUACGCUUUGAAUAAGUCAGCUGUUUUCCAUACAUUUCUUUCAAUGUCUUAAAGAAUUAAAAAAUAGCCAGUUAGACUCAUAUAAAUCCAUACCAUAUGUAAAACUUGAACUGAGCUGCUUUGCAAGACGCCAGUGUUCUUUUGCUUGGCGAUGGGAAGUAUUGCCCCAUACUUCUCUAUGUCUGGCUAUGUUGUUCAGAUCAGGACAAGCCAUGGAUGAAAAUUGAGAUUAUUCGGACAAUGACUUGAAUACUGAGAUUAGCAAAAGUUGUUUUUUCCUUGAUGAGACUCGAGUAGUAUGGCCCCCCAUCACCCGUACAAAACAAUUAUGUCUAAGGCUGACUUAGGUCCCAUAUCUUCAAACAAACCUCAUCGCACAAAAGAUUUAUCUGCCAUGAUGGAUACAUUUGCCCCAACAUCUACUCUGAGCUUUCCAUUCUCCUCUUCAGAUUGCAAGUUUAUUGUUGCUUCGUUUGAUUUUCCAUUUCCUCAACAAUGUUUGAUUCUCGCCUCUUCAACGCAUCGCUAUUUGUAUCUUGGUAACUAGUCAUUUCUUGUCCUUUUAUCGGUGUAUUGUAGCUUUUCAUCGUCGUUCAUUGGUCUCCCACAGUAUGGUGUCAGAAACCCCUGAAACGUUUUUGCUAGUCCUGCUGUUCUGAAGAAGACUCCCUCUCAUGUAUCCGAUCUCUAUAACUAUAUUAUUAUGUAUAAACGAAGGCCAUUCAUUGACCUGAUGAUCAUUGAGUUGUUGGCGAUUCAAAUUAUUGGAAUGCGAUCUUCGCUUCCAUUGCCAUCUAAUUAGCAACGGCGUACUGGUCCAUUAUUUUCUUCUUUCCAUGCUUACAUAUUUUUUUCUUGCAGGGAGUUACUGGAGCUUCGAGAGGCAAUUAUAGUUAAGGAUGCUGAAGCAGCUGCCUACAUUUCUGAAAUUGAGGUAUAUUUUUUUUUCAUAGUGCUAAAAUAAACUAGCUACUCUAAUCUCAUCCUCGAUUUAUCAGACAAUCGGGCAAGCCUAUGAAGAUAUGCAGACACAAAAUCAACAUUUACAGCAGCAGGUUGUGGAUAGAGAUGAUUAUAAUAUAAAGGUAUUUUGUAAUUAUUUUCCUUGCUCCUCCAUUAUCCAAGCUUACUUUUUUUUUUCCCCUUAAAGAUUAUUGACAAAGAAUUACGGAGGGAACCACUAUGGUUCGCCACUAUGACUGAUCUCGAAGUUAGACAACGUCGACUGCUUUUUCAAUACAAAAUAUUUUUUAAAAAAGUAUUAUAUGAAAUCGGAUAUUCUGGAGGUAUGAUGAAUGCUACCAUAAACGUGUUCCACAGAAAAAAAUGUGAAAAGGCUGUAAGAUGAUGAUCAUUCAUAUGCUUUGCAUGUGUGUUCUCAAAUAAAUGAUUUCCAAACCCGAAACACCGAGGAUUAGUUUCUGAAAUCAACGAGCCCUUCUUUUAAACAUGAAAGCAUGAAGUAGAUUACCGAUCAAACCAUUAUACUUCUUAACUACCGAAGGUACCUCAAAAACGUGCCCAUAUGACGCCCUCUAGUGGAGAUUUGACAUGGAUGUAUACCUGAACGCAUCUCCCUACUAUAGGGCGAAUCACACCAUUACGAUCCCUAAUUGAUCUGGGGUUGAUCAAUUGCACAGUGUACAAUCAUGGCCAAAUGGCAUAAGGUUGGUUAAGAAAACCGCCUCGAUGAUCGGAUUGCCUUUUUAAUGUAGCUUAUAUAGAAUGACAAAGCUUCUGAACAGAGUUUUUCUUCCCUUAAAAAUUACUUCUUUCUAGGUACCCCAAUCCAGCCAUUAUGGUGGGGGUAUGAAGGCGUUCUGCCUUUUUUUUUUUCAUUUUUUUUCUUUUUCAUCUGGUAGUUGGUUCCAUAGCUUAAUCCGGGUGCUAACCAGCCAACCCGAGUGAGAUCGACUGAUUUAUUUACUGCGAGUGAUCCGUGUUUGCCUUUUAUUUUUUCCUUUUUAGUUUCAAAUGCUCUUUUAAUUUACCCUUGGAAUCAGGGGACCAAGAUCCAUUUAGAUUCCGUUGAGAAUCUGAUUUUUGCAUAAUUUGGCCGAUGGAACAUCAACCCAAUUUGUCGACUGAUUUAUUCUGGGUUAAACAUCGUGAAAGCUGGAGAGACGGACUGGGCCGAUGGAACCUUACAAGAACAACCAGAUGAAAAAUUCUUGUUUUAUAUGCUAAUUUCUUUAUACCAUUGCACUGCCAAUCAUAGAUCUAUAUAAAUAUUUUUUUUGAAGAUCAGAUUUCCAUUUAUUUGUAUUGGGUUGGGUCGUGUCGGAUCCCCAUGUGCCCAAAAUUCCUUCAUCCCUGGAGAAAAGUAGUGGUCACAUAGCUGGCUAGUGCCUCUCAUCAAAGACCUUUCACAUAGCUCACAGCUGCAUGGUCUCAAAGGCACAACAUAAGCACUAGGCUUAAAAUUCUUCGGGUCUCGUCCUGAAUCGCAAUAUGGCUGGUCUUUUGUCUUUCUCAGCUGGUUUCUGAGAGCGUGAAGAUGAGGCAGAUGCACGGCUCUCUGCUCUCCGAGAAGCAGGCCAUGGCGAAGCAACUCCAGCAGGCUACUUCGUCGAUAGAGUUCGUGAGAGCAAAGAUCUCUCAUGGCGAAGACCAGGUUUCCAGUUAAAUCUUUGCUCUCUUUGGACGAUUUGUAACUCGCAUGCUCAGUGAUUCUUUCUCUCUGACGGCUGAUUUGCUCACGCAGAUGAAGACUCUUCUUGCGCAAGCUGAAAAGGUUUCUGUGGAAAACAGGCAUCUCACCUUGAACACAGAAAAAACCAGGCUCGAACUGGUGGAGACCGAGAAGGAUCUGAAGUGGCUGAAGUCCGCCUUCGAAUCCUCCGAGAAGGAACUCGAGCAGAACCAGCAGAAGGCUACCAAGCUCCGCACGGACCUUGACGACGAGAGGUACACGGGGCGUCCGUCCCCAUGGAAAGCAUUCCUUGCUUCUGUCUUUCCUGCAGAAUUACACAUCCAUAAUGCGAACGUCUGCUCGGCAGAACCAAAGGGAAGAAACUCAAGGAAGAGCUCGAGCGGGUGACGAGCCUGCUCGAGAGGAUGAGCCCAGAAAACGAGGCCGCCGCGACCCAGAGGCUCCAAGACGAGAUCAAGGAAUGCAAGGCCAUUCUCAAGUGCGGCGUCUGCUUCGACCGCCCAAAGCAGGUGAGCCCCGUCUCACUAACCAUGCAAAACCAUGCACAUCGUCCCCAGCAGAACCACCAUGGUUGCUGACACGAUGAGCUCGGCUCUGCCAUUCGCAGGUCGUGAUCACCAAAUGUUUCCAUCUCUUCUGCUCCAAUUGCAUCCAGAGGAACCUCGAGAUCCGCCACCGCAAAUGCCCUGCUUGCGGAACUCCCUUCGGCCAGAAUGACGUCAAGGAAGUAAAUAUAUAG